AGGCCGGCCCCUCCUCUGGGUUGGCCUCGCUUCCUCCCUUGUGGCACAGACGCCACGGCGCUCUUUCCCUCGCCAUCAUGGACUACCAGGCGAGUGCCAGCUGGGCGGCGGAGCGCAUGCAAAGCUACCGGAAAGACCCCGACGGAUGGCGCAGCUGCAAGCGGACGAAUGAAGUUGCAAUUUCUUGGAGACCGUCGACGGAGUUUCGUGGAAACCUAUACAAGGCCGAAGGAAUUAUACCAGCAAAAACAGAGGAUGUCUUUAAGUGUUUACGGCCGGAAACUGGUGGACUUCGAGAAAAAUGGGAUCAAAAUGUGAAGGAAGUCGCAGUCAUUGAAAAGAUUAAUGAAAAUGUUUGCAUAACUAGAACGACGACACCUUCGGCUUUCAUGAAGAUCAUUUCUCCACGGGAGUUCCUAGACGUGGUCCUGAUUAGACAUGAUGAGGAUGGGACGAUAGCAAGUGUGGCAACGCAUGUGGAUCACCCCCUGUGUCCAGCCCAACCAAAUUAUGUCCGAGGGCUGAAUUAUCCCUGUGGUUGCAUCUGCAUUCCUGCUCCAGGGGAGCCCAACAAGACUCAGCUCCUCAGUUUCUUUCAGACGGAUCUGGGUGGAAACCUCCCACAGACGGUGGUGGAAUCCUUCUUCCCAAGCAGCAUAACUGGUUUUUACAGCGGCUUGGCCAAAGCGGUGGUAAAACUACUAGCAUAAACAAUUUAUUUCUCAAGGGGGAAAAGGGUGUAUCUCAAGGGUUUGUGUAAUUUCACUCUCGCGUUAUGCAAGGGCGGAACUGCUAGGUGCUGAGGUCAGGAGCAUCUUUGUCUCAAGCUAUGGUCUACCCAAAGUUAAGUCCCCUGGAAACCCAUUGAUUUUGAAUUGGAAAGACUUAAACCUAUGUCUUGAGUCAAUGAGUGCUAUAGUGCUUUAGUUUAACAUGGUCAAUGGAAAAAAAUUCCCCCCCCAAAAAACUUCAAUUUUUUAUUCCCCAAGAUGGGCUCAAAAGUACAAGUGAUUAUCUAGUAGUGAAACAACAAUUGUGGUGCUCUGUUCAGAUUCUUGUAUCUCCAAAGAUGAGAAGAAUGGUUCAAAGGAAAAGGGCACUGGGUGCAUGGCCGAAGUUUGGAGCAGAGAGACCAAUUCUGGGAAUUUUCAUUCCUUGCUUUUGGAUUAUUUCGGUGGAGGAGAAUGUAUCAAAAGACAUCCACUUCACUUCACUUCACUUCUUAAUUAGUCGCUCUCCACCAGAGUGCUCCGAGCGACUUACAAUUUAAAAUAUCAUUCCACAAUAUAAAAACAUUCAACAUAAAAACAUUCAACAUAAAAACAUUCAACCUAAAAACAUUCAACAGUGACUAUUUGGCAAAUUAGAUCUGAUCUACUCAAAUGCACAACCAAACAGCCAAGUCUUGAGCGCUUUUCCAAAAGCUUGCAAUUCCGACAUUGCUCUAACAUAUGGAGGCAAUGAGUUCCACAGAAUUGGAGCAUCGGUCGAAAAGGCUCUACGCCUUGUAGCUUCCAGGUGUACCUCCCUAGGGCCCGGUACGUAUAGGAGAUUUUCCUGGGAGGAUCGAGGUGACCAGUGAUGGAAAAAAGGAAUGAGGCGGUCCCUAAGAUAUAAUGGUCCUUGGCCAUUUCAAGCUUUAAAUGUCAGCAUCAGUAUCUUGUAAGGGAUCCGAUGUUCUAUUGGUAGCCAAUACAGUUGUUUCAGAAUCGGUGUAAUAUGGGAUCUUAUAGAUGAUCCCGCUAGCAGCCUGGCUGCCGCAUUUUGGACCAUUCGGAUCUUCUGGGUUUUUGUCUUCGGAAAGCCAGCGUGUAAGGUGUUACAAUAAUCCAACCUAGUGGUGACUGUUGCAUGGAUUACCAUUGCCAAUGUUUCUGUCGAAAGGUAGGAUGCUAAUUUCCUUGCCUGGCGAAGAUGAAAAAAGGCCUGCUUACUUAUGGCAGUGAGCUGGGCCUCCAUUGUCAGCGAUGAGUCCAACACAACCCCAAGGCUUUUAACAGUAGCAGAUGGAACCAGAACUUCCCCAUCAAAAUCAGGCAGUGACUGGAUUAACUCUGGUGGCUGGCCGGGCCAGAGUAUCUGUUUUUGCGGGAUUCGCUUUUAGUCUACUUGCUCGCAGCCAACUCAUCACUGCUUGCAAACACAGCUUAAAGUUCUCAGGAAUCGUGGUUGUCCCUAGGUAUCAUCUGCAUACUAGUAGCACUCUAUGUGCCUGUUUCCUUUGAGACGAAUCUUCUUUUUGCGAGAAUAAAGAUCUGAACAGAGCAGCAACGUUGAAAUGUUCCUUACAAAUUUCUAUUUGUAACAGUAGUGCUACUAUAACAGAUGAGAAUAGGGACAGUUAAUGAUGUUGUGUAAAUCUGAUUUAUGACAUUGUAACUGGGUAAACUAAUGCUAUUCUAAAGAUGUUACAAUGAUACCUGGAUGUUUAGAGCCUGUCCCUUGGAUCUUCUUGAUGCAUUCUUGAGCUGCAGUUUUAGCUGCCUCUGCCAGCAUUUGCACCCUGAGCUAAAUAAUAUCAAGGGGAGUAUCCAUGUGUUUUUAAAAUCAAUGUAAACACCUGGACUUGGGCUCAGUAAUGUUGACAUGCCAUUAGUGGAAAGCUGCCAUCCUUUGAGAGAUAUGGGAGCAGUAAACCAAGGCAAUGCCAGCACCACACCUUCCCAAAGUGGGUGUGUGGUUUAUGAUGGGCAAGAUAGGAGUUCAUAUGGAACUGCAAUCCAUGCCUAUCCUCACAAGCUAGGUGAAUGGAAUAAUCAGUACAGUGAUGGAGAAGCCAGGGAAGCUUGUAUUAUCUCAAAGGCUCAGUAGAUGCUAGUUGGACGCUACCAGUAGUUCUCAGCACAACCUUGGGUCCCUUCACAUGACACAAUUAUAGUUCACAUGAUGAAUCCCAUUUUGGAACAAAGGUGGGGCAUCAACCCAAUCACAAAAUUAAUCAUAUCCUAUCUAAUGGUGGCACAAUGUGUUAAAGCACUGAGCUGCUGAACUUGUGGACCAAAAGGUCCCAGGUUCAAAUCCCGGGAGCGGAAUGAGCGCCUGCUGUUAGCCCCAGCUCCUGCCAACCUAGCAGUUCGAAAACAUGCAAAUGUGAGUAGAUCUGGCGGGAAGGUAAAGGCGCUCCAUGCAGUCAUGCCGGCCACAUGACCUUGGAGGUGUCUACGGACAACGCUGGCUCUUCGGCUUAGAAAUGGAGAUGAGCACCAACCCCCAGAGUCGGGCAUGACUGGACUUAACAUCAGGGAAAAACUUUUACCCUUUACCUAUCUAAUGGUGUGGUUUUAAGGUUAGGUAGCAUUUACAUCAUUCUGUAAAUAACAAUCCCUGAGAUGAUCAGUGUAGUAUAGUGACUAAGGGACCAAACAAAUUCCUCGGAAGACCACUAAAUGACCUCAGAAGACUCAGAAAGUGGCAAUGGAAAGCCUCUGAAUGAACCUUAUAAUACAGGCUUGGGCAAAUUUUGGCCCUCCAGGUGUUUUGGACUUCAACUUCUACAAUUCCUAACAGCCUACUGUUUGCAGGAAUUGAAGUCCAAAACACCAGGAGGGCCAAAGUUUGCCCAUGCCUGCUAUAAUAGGUGUCACAAUAAAUUAAGAGUCAGCGUUGUUGUAUGUUUUCCAGGCUGUAUGGCCAUGUUCCAGAAGUAUUCUCUCCUGACGUUUCGCCCACAUCUAUGGCAGGCAUCCUCAGAGGUUGUGAGGUAUGGAGAAACUAAGCAAGGAAGGUUUAUAUAUAUCUGUGGAAAGUCCAGGGUGAGAGAAACCUCAGAGGAUGCCUGCCAUAGAUGUGGGCGAAACGUCAGGAGAGAAUAUUUCUGGAACAUGGCCAUACAGCCCGGAAAACAUACAACAACCCUGUGAUCCCGGCCAUGAAAGCCUUCGACAACACAACAAGUUAAGAAUCAGUUUGAAGAUCCACAAAAACAUUGAGAAUUCUCAGCCAGAGAACAUUAGUGCCUCACCAAAUUCCAUAGGAUGGAGGCCUGACUAUCAAUGUGGAGAAGUCCCUGCUCAGCUACAAAAAUAAGAGGACAGAUUCGUUUUGAAUUAUCCUUAAUGCAUGGGAGCCAGUGUGGUAGAUUGGUUUGAAUGUUGUAAUAGAGACGAAGGAUUGUAUUGCAUCUCAGCCAUGGAAACCCGCUGGAGAAAUCACAAGUCCCCAGCCUUAGAAAAUCACAAACACUCUCAACAGAGAUACCUUAUGAGUUAACAUAAUUUGGAAAUAACUUGAAGGCAUCCAACAACACCAACUGCGAUAUCUGUUUCAAGUGAAGGGGCUCCUUGUCAAUAUAAAAUGGUUCUCACUCCCAUUAACUGGCCCAACAUGCUCACGCAACACAGCUUGGGAUAAGUGUUAUCAUGUAAAUAUACAGUUAUCCUAUUACUAACUAAUAUACAGAAUAGAACAAUGGUAACAGACAAAUUAUAAUCCUUACAGGCGCAUGAGUAAUACACAAAUAUAAACUGUUUACAGCAUUACAUCAGACAUUAUAUUCAUGUUUGUAUUUUUUUUCAGUAACAUAAGUAUGUUCAAUAACUGAGUACAACACUUUAAAUUCCAGUAUUGUCCCACGUAGAUAAAAGUCUUAGAAAUGCAUGGUCAAAGGAAUAAUGUAAUGUAAUGUAAAAUGUAAUGUAAAAGGCUCACAAAUGGAAGGCAGUAGGAUCAUUAUCCACAAUUGAAGUGCUACAGCAGAGUCACAAACUCCUUAGUGGAAUUUACAAAAGCUGCAGAAAAGUCUACUACAAACGCAUGAAAGAACCUUCAGAAACUACCUGAAGAAGGGAUUUUGAUCCAGAAACAAGGGUUACAAAAUACCCGGGAAUCCUUGUUGUUCUACAUUCCUUUAUGUUUUACAUUCCUUUUGUGCAUCUCCAAAACAUUAACUUACAUGGGACUAUGAUGAAUUUAUCUAAAGUGUGAAUCACAAUAUACAGUUGUUUAUUCCUUUGACCAUGCAUUUCUAAGACUUUUAUCUAUGUGGGACAACACUGGAAUUUAAAGUGUUGUACUCAGUUAUUGAACAUACUUAUCUGUUACUGAAAAAACAUACAAACAUGAAUAUAAUGUUUGAUGUAAUGCUGUAAACAGUUUGUAUUUGUGCAUUACUCAUGCGCCUGUAAGGAUUAUAAUUUGUCUGUUACCAUUGUUCUAUUCUGUAUAUUAGUAAUACCGUGUUUCCCCGAAAAUAAGACAGUGUCUUAUAUUAAUUUUUGCUCCCAAAGAUGUGCUGGGUCUUAUUUUCAGGGGAUGUCUUAUUUUUUCCAUAAAGAAGAAUUCACAUUUAUUAUUGAACAAAAAAAUGAACAUUUUAUAUAUACUGUACAGCAGUUGUCAUCACAAGCCAGCAUAACCAGACAAACUGUGAAUCCUGUCAAGAAUUUCUUGUUACUACCAUUAUUUCCAUGUACAAUUGGUAUGUACAUUUACAAAUCUUGCAUGCUCUGGUGUUUUGUUUGGCGGGUGCCGGGCAUGCUUCCAAACAAAAACUUUGCUAGGUCUUACUUUCGGGGGAGGCCUUAUAUUUAGCAAUUCAGGAAAACUUCUACUAGGUCUUAUUUUUCGGGGAUGUCUUAUUUUUGGGGAAACAGGGUAGGACAACUGUAUCUUUACACGUAUUACAGAUUUCUGUGUACUUUAGUGUAUAAGUGUUAUCAUGUCAACGAGGCAAGUUUAGUCUCAUCACUGACAUUGUGUGCUUGGAGAUUUCCGUAUAGAAAUGCAUUCAGGUCCCUGAUCUAGGAGCCGUUUUUCCCACUAGCGAGAAUAGAAUAAUUAUCUGGGCAAGUGGUGGGUUGUAGACGUAUUAAAGCAGGUGAAAGGUGGAUGGUCACCUAUCAGAGAUGCGUCUGUUGUGUCCUGAACUGAACAAGAAGUUGCACUUGAAGACAUCUAAGAUCUUUUCUGGUUCCAUGAUACUGUUCUGCUGUUCUAAAGCUAUAAUAUAUAAUUCCGCUGACUGCAUAUCUCAAGUCACAAUGUUGAUCUGUUUGACAGAGUUGUUGUAAGACACUAUUGUAUAAUUAAUGGAUUCAUGAUUAUUAAAAUUGUGCUCUUAAAA